CGCAUGGCCAAUUUCACGGCGUCAACUCAUCGUUGACGUUGAAUCAUCGAUUCGAAUGAGUUACUGUAUGCGAAUUCAGUCGAAUAAGAAAAAUUAGUCUUUGUGGAUUGAUUAUCGUUUUUCCGUUCUUCCUUCGUGAGUUUUCAAACAAACGUAACCGAAUUAGCAGUUGACUCUUUCGGGAACGUAUUCCUACUGACACGAAGCAUCAUGCAGCGGCACGAUAAAACAGUCCUCAAACAAUUUUGUAACUGCAAAAUUCUACGUGAUGGCAAAAUCCAAUUGGAAGAUUUAUGGGUACGCGACGGUAAAUUCGUGAAUCCUGAAAAAAUCUUUUACGAUGAGAAAAUCACACCCGAUGUUAAAAUAGAUUGCAACGGUGCCCUGAUCUCUCCGGGAUUCAUAGAUUUACAAAUCAAUGGAGGAUUUGGCAUCGAUUUUUCAAACAAGGUUGACAAUGUGAAAGAAGGCAUAGAUAAAGUAGCAAAAGGAUUACUGAAACAUGGAGUAACAUCAUUUUGUCCUACAAUAGUAACAUCUCCUGUUAAGACAUAUCAUUCGAUACUACCGAAAAUAAAGAAACAGAAUGGAGGUAGUCACGGUGCUUGUGUAUUAGGUGUUCACAUAGAGGGUCCAUUUAUCAGCCCGAGUAAAAAAGGUGCCCAUCCAGAAAACUACAUCAGAAGAUUUGAUCAGGGAUUUAAGUCAGUUACUGAUAUGUAUGGAGAUCUGAACAAUGUGUGUAUGGUUACGUUAGCACCGGAAAUUCCAAACGCCACAUCUAUCAUCGAAGAGUUAUGUGAGAGAAAUAUCAAAGUAUCUGUCGGACAUUCCAUAGCAAAUCUAAGUGAAGGAGAGAUAGCAGUUAAACAUGGAGCAUCAUUUAUUACUCAUCUCUUUAAUGCCAUGCUGCCUUUUCAUCAUAGAGAUCCGGGGUUAGUCGGUCUCUUGACAUCUGACCAAAUUCCAUUCGGGAGAAUUGUUCAUUUUGGUAUAAUUUCGGACGGCAUCCACACGCACCCAGCUGCUUUGCGAAUCGCUCAUCGGACGCAUCCCGAAGGUCUCGUACUUGUAACCGACGCAAUAUCUGCAUUGGGUCUGGAAGAGGGAAUUCAUCAGCUAGGUCAAUUAGAGAUAGAGAUACGUAAAGGGAGCGCCUAUAUUGCUGGAACAGAUAUUCUAUGUGGUAGCAUAACUGAAAUGUCUAAAUGUGUGAGGAAUUUCAGAGAAGCCACAGGUUGCACAGUGGUUGAGGCUUUGGAAGCAGCUACUUUACAUCCUGCGAAAGCCCUCGGCAUUGAUUCUUACAAAGGUGUUCUUAACUUUGGCGCUGACGCCGAUUUCAUUUUACUGGAUGAUAAACUGAAAUUAUUGUCGACAUGGAUUUCAGGAGAAUGUGUUCAGCAUAUUUGUAGUGAGUAACAUACAUAAAAGGAACAGAGAGAGAGAGAGAGAGAGAGAGAGAGAGAGAAAAUUACUAUAUCCUGCCACAUAAACACAAAUAAAAUUUAAUCAGAUGACAGAAAAAUAUGAAUAUAACUUUUUACUUUCUUUACUGGGAAAAACGUGUAUAAUAAUAAAUGCAUAUAAUUAGUAUAAAAUAAAAUUAGUACAACCAUUGUGUCUUACACUAUAGGAAAGAUAUCUGUAUCCUCUAUAGCUCUAUAGCAUCUAAACCGUAUAAUAGAGGAUGUAGAAGAGACAUCAGUAUGUCAUGUUAAUCUUUAAUCAACUAUAUUUUGCGAUAUACAAUAUAAAAGCUAAUAGUUAAAGUUGGUUUACUGCUGAAUAUUUACUGUUCAAUUUUUUUCCGUAUACCACGGACCUUAAACCAAAAAAGAAAAAAGGAAAAAAAAAAGAGUCGUCUUUACGAUGUGUUAAUCGGAACGU